CGCGGGGCGGUGGCGGCGGGGUUUGAACGCAGGGACGGUUGGAGCCGGCGGGAGGCGUCUGUGGAGGAGAACCAGCUCUCUAAUGUCCCUCAGCUGUGGGAGGUUUSUCUCUUUUCUUGCCUAAUGAAGGAUUGGCUCUCAUAUUACAAAUGAGUAAAAUUCUCCAGUCUCAGCUGGCAGUCUGAAAGGAUGCAGCGAAGACGGAGUUCUAAGACCCCGAAGCAGCCUCUGCACGUUUUCCAUAAAAGCCAAACUGAUCUCUCUGCGUGGCGAAAAGGAGGGAGAAUUAACCCUGAAAAAAGUUUGCAGAAUAAUCUAUCUUCUAAUGAUCAGAAAUAUGAUAGCCAGGAAAGYUCUCUGGAACAAGCUUUGAGCUACUUGGAGAAAGUUCAAAACCCUGUUGCACUGAAGAAGAACACUGUUCUGCAGAAACACUUGGCUACUGUGGAAAGCACUGCCCUGCAACAAGGGCUGCCCCCUGAAGCAUUUGAGAUACUGCUGAGUGCGGUGCUCAGUGGAAAAUUUGUUGAUACGGUGAAUACUCGUUUAUUGAAGAGCCUCAUUCCAACCUCAGUGAUACCAGAAAGUUCUCUGGUUACAGCUGUGUCUUGGCUCUGUGCCAGCAAAUGCUCAAGCAGCAUCCAGGUGCUUUUUUUAAGGUGGUUGAUCACAGUGUUUGACUUCAUCGAUCACAAGGAACAACUUCAUGCUCUCUAUGGUUUCUUCUUCUCCUUCCUGCAAGAUGAGAAAAUGUGCCCCUACAUCUGCCACCUGCUCUACCUGCUGACCCGGAAAGAAAGUGUCAAGCCUUUUCGGAUUAGGAAAUUGCUUGACCUCCAAGCAAAAAUGGGAAUGCAGUCUUAUCUGCAAGCUCUACUGUCACUUUACAAACUUUUCUGCCCGGAACAGGUGACCAUAACCCUUCCUGGGAAAAUGAAGACUUAUUUCAAGAGUUCAGAGGGCCCGUGGAAAGCAGCCAUCACUGCAGUAAGGCAAAGAAACCAGGGACCCUCUCCCCUGUCCCAGGCAGUGUUUUUAGGCACAUCUCAACCUCAGUCACGAAAAAGGAAAUGGAACGCUCAGUUGGUUAUACCUGCAAGUAGUACAAACACAAAUAACUUAGAAGAGGACAGGGAAAAGAGCAGUGUUGAGUCGUACAGCGCAAAUGCGUCUUUUCCAGUGGAGCAGCUGCGCACCUUCCCUCAGCUCCUACAAAACAUUCACUGUCUAGAGUUUCCCUCCCAGAUGGGUUCAGUGCUAACAAACCCCUUAUUGCUUCAUUACAUGAACUGUGUGAAAGAUGAAUCUAUUUACCUGAGGCUCUACUAUUGGAUGGGCCAGAUGCUCCAGGAAGAAUGCACCUGGUGUGUGGUUGAUAACCCAAAUGAAGAAGAAUUCAAGAGCUUCCUGGACACUGUCUACAAGGCAGAAUGUUUCUUGCAGGAAGGACUUGCUGACUGUGAAGAGUUCCUGUAUAGGACCCUUCCUCUCUGGGAUGGUGUCUGCUGCCGGUCAGAAGUCCUCAGACUUGUGAGUUGGAUCCCCCUCAGCAGUGUCUCUGACAUUAAGUCAAAUCUCUAUGAUCCACUGGCACAGCUUUUUUACACAUCAUCCAUUUACUUUAAGUGCAGCGUUCUUGAGACCCUGAAACAGCUGUUGCAGAACUGGUUAAAUUGCAAUGYGAUUCAAAUGGAUUCAGAGUUUUCUUCCUUGAACACCACCCUUUCUGGGCUAGUAAACGUGGUGGCUGAACUGGUCCACUUUGUUGGACGGAUCUCUACURUUGCACUGCGUUUGGAAAACAAUUCCACGUUCUUGCUCUACUUCAUUCUGGAUUUCUAUGAGACCGUGUGUGACAUGUACCUGAAGUACAAUCUGCCUUUGCUGAUAAUGCCUCCUGCUGGGGUUUUCUACCCAGCACUGCUCUGCAUGGAUUCUGUCAACUUGAAUCAGCUCUGCUACAUUAUGUACAGGUAUCGAACCAACUUGGUGGCUGCAAAAGAAAAUGAGCUGAGUAAAAAGAAAAUACUKCAGUUCAAGUUCAGUAACCAGACAUACCAAGAGUACAACCAGUACAUAACAGCUAUGGUGGGCUGUCUGUGGACAUCCAGUGUAUUCCAGAAGGAUAUUCAUCCUCAAGGUCUUCGUAUGGAUGAUGAACUGCUGAGUAAAACUGCAGUGAAGGAAUUAAAAAACAGCUUUAACAUUGUCUACCAUCCAGCCAUGAUGGGCUACUCUGUUCACUUCCUGCAGCAGGCUUGUCCUGAUGAUACCACCUUCAACUUCAGAUUUAUUAAGGGGAAGAAGUGGGACUGGUAUCUGGAAUAUCUCUAUGCUCAGGGUUUGAAGGGGCUGAAGGUCUUUAUUGAGAGCAGCAUCAGUCGUGUUUCCCAGGCCGCUCGCAGUAAAGCGGAGAACAUGCAAAUGUGACUCUGGAAUUCACCGGAAUUGUCAUCUGGAGCAGACCAGCAGACUCUAAAGGACUGUGYCACUAAUUCUUCCUCAGAGGAAAGAAACAGAUCAAUUACCCUUAUCUCCACUUUUGUACUGACAUCUCUCUUAUGAAAAUGAAAACACAGAAGGGUUGUUUAGGCUGGCUUGGUUCACUGGCACUGAACUCUCUCUUGUCCCUGCUGAAUUUCUUUGGUCUGAAGCUGGUGAGCUGUGCUUCUAUAACAUCCACCUUUUUUACCCUAGUGUUUCUCUGUUGGAGUAUCUAUUUUGAUUGAGAAACAAACAUUUUCCAUCUCAAAACUGCAUUGAGCAGCGCUGUUUUAUAAGUAAUGCUGAUCCUUGACCUGCUUUGUCUUCCUCAACAGCAGGUAAUGAGGAACAACUAAAUCAACUCAACAACUGAACAAAGCCUUUCAGGGAUGCUGUGUGUGUAUUGGAUUGGAGCAGUGUGUUUCCCAAUCCCCUGUAAAUAGURACUUUUAACAGGCUGACCAAGCUGACCUUCCUGAAAUAAACUUUCAUUUUGRGGCUUCCAGAAAAGACUUUUUGCUAGCUUAGGUUAUAAUGAAUUUCUAAUUCAGCUGGAAAAUUUGAUGUUCAGUUGAUGGUUUAUUGAUUUGAGCCACCAGCUGACUGUUUUCUACUCAAAAGUACAAAUGUGGCUUCCCUUUCUGUGUUCUUAGCUCUGUAGGUGUUGUGUAUUAUAUGUGUACAUAUAUAUAAUUUAUAUUCUGUAACAUGUUUCCAAUGUGUUACUUUGUAAAAAACUGUUCUACAAAAUGCAUCUUCUCCUGUCAUUUUAUUUUACCUCUGAGUAUAAGCUGAGAGAAGCUGAACUGAGGUUUCCAAAAUUUAAAUGAACUUUAUUUUUCUGCUAUAAAGCAAGGUUUUAACCACCGGUGAGUUGGGUUAGAUUAUACUGAAUUUUGCAUUGUUAAUCUGUACUUUGACUCAGUAAAGGAAUCAGUCCUGAGAGCAACU